AAAAAGAUGUGACGUGGCUAAUGAUGUCGGACAAACGGAGAGGAAAACUGUACUUCAUAUUGAAUUUGUAAUAAAACCUUAACGUUGUUUGUGUUCGUACAAAUCAAAGCGUGGGCAGAAGAAAAGUGAGUUUUUUGUCCUUAUUUUUCUACCGGAAUAGAAGCAGCUGUUAGCUCUUAGCUGUUAGCAUCGUCAUCUGAGAGUAAAGGUCAAACCCUGCUCCAGUGAGACCUCGGUUCAGAUCCUGACUCCGCCCCCUGUUUUAAACACGUCUGUUCUUUUAAAGGGAUGAGACGUUAAAAUGUCUGACAGUCGAGUGUCCCAGCGUCCAGAGGAGGACGCCGUACCUGCCGACGCCGCGUCUUCACCCGACGUCUCCACGGACGUGGCUCCGACCAGGAAAGCCAGGAGGAGGCCCGAGGUCCAAACUAUGGCUCCAGAGAAGGAGGAGGGGUCGAAGAGAGAGGAGGAGGGGUCGAAGUCUCAGACCACGGUGUCCACAGAGGCUCAGAGUGGGUGGGGCUACUGGGGCAGUUGGGGUAAAUCUUUAUUGUCCACAGCAACUGCGACCGUGGCCACAGUGGGUCAAGGUCUGGGUCAGGUGAUGGAGAGAGCAGAGAGCACCCUGGGAAUUCCCAGUCCCACGGAACUGUCCGCUCAGAUGGAAGAAGAGGAAAAACAACGAGGUGAGAAAACAUCAGUGUCAAAGAGGUCAGAGGUCAUGCAAGAGUUUGACUGUGUGUGUGUGUGUGUGUCAGGUGGGUCUACGACACGUGAUGUCACCAGUGACACGGACUCGUCCCUGGGUGGAGCCAUGGGAAUGUUGUCGUCUCUGAGCAGUGUGGUCCAGAGCACAGGGAAGACGGUGAUCAGUGGAGGACUGGACGCUCUGGAGUUCAUCGGCAAGAAGACGAUGGACGUGAUCGCAGAAGGAGACCCGGGUUUUAGGAAAACCAAAGGAUUGAUGAACAGGAACGCCACUCUGUCCCAGGUGUUGAGGGAGGCCAAGGAACGUGAGGAGCUGCAGACGGAGGAGACGGAGUCGGCAGAUUCAGACAGGAAGCUGGUCGCUCACUACGGCGUGCUGUUUGAUGAGUUCCAGGGUUUGUCCCACCUCGAAGCCCUGGAGAUUCUGUCCCGGGAGAGUGAGUCCAAGGUGAAGUCCGUCCUGACCACUCUGUCAGGUGACCAGCUGCAGCAGCUCAAACGUGAACUGCAAACCAUCAAAGAACCGUUCUCGCUGGUGGAAUUUGACGAGGAGGAAGUGGACGAGGACAAAGGUGGAGACGGCGCCGGGUGUGAAGAGGAGCUGACCAGGGUCCUGGACGGUCUGGGUGUCCCCGCGGCAGCUGACCACCUGAUCACAGCCUGUAAAGACGCCAGCGCUCAGAUCAGUCACAUGACCUCGGAGCACGUCGACAGAGGAGAGGAGGAGGUGGAGGAGGAGCAGGAGGAGGUGGAGGAGGUGGUGCAGGAGGAGGAGGUGCAGAGUGUGGAGGAGAUUCACGCUGCCGCCAUCAGGACACUGGCGGAACUGACGGCUCGAUCCAUCCAGCUUUUCCACAAACUGGCUGAGAAGAUCCUGUCGUCCAGCUGUGAAGCAGACGCUGCCGUCCUGUCACGGUUGACCCUGGUUUUGUGUAAACAAGUCUCACUGCUGUCCAAGAAGUUCACUUCCUGUCUCACCUCAGCGGGGACCAACGACAGAGGAGACGUCCUGAACCCAAUGAUCACCAACGUCUUCCUGGAGGCGUCCAACAGCGCCUCCUACAUUCAAGAUGCAUUCGUGCUCCUGCUGCCUGUUCUGGAAGUUUCUCACAUCCAGAGGAGAAGCUCAGAGCAGCAGGGGACGGAACCGAUUCAGUCUGAGGAACCGUUGAACAGAGAGACCGAUGUUGGUUUAAAAUAAAGAGUUGAGUUUGAA